CAAGUUACAAAAAACUAAUGAGUGCAGAUUUUCGCUAAUCCUCUGCCGUCCUAUUUGCCGCGCUAGCAGAAAGGUGUGCGAGGCCAUUUUUGCGUGUGCAGUUCAGUGUUUGAACCCUGAGUGCCGCUGUUUAUCACGAGCGGGAUAUUCUGUAGACACGCAGCGAAGGACCGCCCAUAUCAGUGUGCUGGCUGAGGCAGAGAAGCACAGCUCAUAAUCAUCCACAGCGAAUGAAUUACAGCACGAAACUGUAUCCCAACGUCCCGUUUAUCUGAAUAAUCAACAGAUUAUAAUUCCAUAGGAAACGUCACAGAAGAAAAUUAGAUUUGUAUCUCUUAGGUUUACACGUUGGACAUUUAAUUUAAUGGGUCUAUGGUAAAUCUGUCUUGUGGACGCGAAAUCGCCAUGGAAGCGAAUAGCAAAGUCCUGAAAACGUCAUUGUUCCUGUUUUUGUCUUUGUUUCUGAGUGGGUCGGCAUCGGGGCAAGUUCGGUAUUCCAUUCCGGAGGAAAUGGCGGUGGGCUCCUUUGUGGGGAAUAUAGCGAAAGAUCUGGGAUUGCGUCCUGAGCGACUGGCUUCAGGAAGAGCCCGGAUAUUCAGCGCGGACAGCAGUGAGUACGUAGUGCUGGACAGGGAGAAAGCGCAUCUGAUUGUAAAGGAGAGAAUAGACAGAGAGCGGCUCUGCGGAGAGGCGUCUGUCUGCAGCUUCAGCUUUGAGGUGAUUCUUGAAAACCCCAUGGAGCUCUAUCGUAUUACUGUAGUAAUACUAGACAUUAACGACAAUAGCCCUGUUUUUCCUAAAAGUGAAAUUAAACUAGAAAUAAGCGAAUUAGCCACACCGGGGGCGCGCUUCUCUCUGGAAAGCGCCAUAGACCCUGAUGUUGGCAUGAACAGUCUCCAGAGCUAUUCUCUCCACCCGACCGAUCACUUCAUUUUAAAGAGCCACAGUCGAUCAGGGAGCAAUAAGAACGUAGAAAUGGUCCUCCAGGCACCUUUAGACAGAGAAAAGCAAGAGCACCAGUAUUUAACGUUAACCGCCGUUGAUGGGGGUAAUCCUCAGCGGUCUGGUACAGUAAAAAUCCUGGUUGUGGUCCUCGAUGCUAACGACAAUGCUCCAGUAUUUAGCCAAGCGCUAUACAGAGCAUCUGUGCCGGAAAAUGCGAAUGAGGGAACACUGGUAACAACGGUAAGUGCAACAGACGCGGACGGCGAAUCAAAUGGCUUUAUUCAGUACGACUUUGAACAUGCUACACCGGCUAUUAAAGAGCUGUUCGCCAUAGACGCAUCCACUGGCGAAAUCAGAGUAACCGGCAAAUUAGAUUUCGAGCAAGCGAAACUGUACGAGGUUAAAAUACAGGCUAAAGACCAGGGAGGGUUAACCGAUUUGGCGGAAGUAAUUAUCGAUGUCCUUGACGUUAACGAUAAUGCUCCAAAGAUAACGCUCAUGUCGUUUGCUGGUGCGCUGCCAGAAGAUGCAGCUCCUGGAACCGUCGUAGCUUUGAUUAAUGUUCAAGACCUCGAUUCUGAGGAGAACAGUAGAGUCAAGUGUACAGCCGAUCGCAGCCUCCCGUUCAGAAUGGAAUCAUCAUUAACCAAUUAUUACAGUCUCGUGACUGACUCCACCUUGGACAGAGAAGACAUAUCGGAAUAUAUCAUUACAAUCACGGCGGUCGAUGGCGGCGUUCCUCCACGCUCCAGCGCGCAAACAUUAACGGUAAAGAUCACAGACGUUAACGACCACGCGCCCGAGUUUCAACAGGAAACAUACAAUGUUUAUGUGAUGGAAAAUAACUCACCAUCCUUAUCUAUUUAUUCAGUGAAAGCAACGGACGCAGACUGGGGACCUAAUGCGCGUAUAUCUUAUUUUAUUGACGAGGGAGAUUUGAAGGGAUCUCCGCUGAGUUCUUACAUAUCAGUAAACUCGGACACAGGAGUCCUUUAUGCAUCGAAAGCGUUUGAUUAUGAACAGGUCAAAUCAUUUACACUGAACAUAAAAGCUCAAGACGGCGGCUCCCCGCCCUUGAUUAGCAAUGCAACAGUAAACAUCUUUAUCCAAGACCAGAACGACAACGCGCCUCAGAUUCUCUACCCAGUACAAACUGGUGUCUCUCAGGUGGCUGAAAUGGUGCCUCGUUCAGCAGAUGUCGGCUAUCUGGUCACUAAAGUGGUGGCUGUUGAUGUGGACUCUGGACAGAAUGCCUGGCUCUCAUAUAAACUGCUGAAAGCGACAGACAGGGCGCUGUUUGAAGUGGGCUCACAGAACGGAGAAAUAAGAACUAUACGGCAGGUGACUGAUAAAGAUGCUGUGAAACAAAGACUUACUGUUGUAGUGGAGGACAACGGGCAGCCCUCUCGCUCAGCUACAGUCAAUGUUAACGUGGCGGUGGCGGACAGCUUCCCGGAAGUGCUCUCGGAAUUCAGCGACUUUGCUCCCGACAAGGAUUACAACGACAACCUGACUUUUUAUUUAGUCUUGGCCCUGGCUGUAGUUUCCUUCCUCUUCAUUUCAUCUCUAGUAGUUAUAAUAUCAGUAAAAAUCUACAGGUGGAGGCAAUCCCGCAUCUUCUAUCAGUCCAAUCUCCCAGUUAUUCCGUAUUACCCGCCCCGUUACGCAGACUCUACAGGUACGGGAACUCUACAGCACGUGUAUAAUUACGAGGUGUGCAGGACCACUGACUCCAGGAAGAGUGAUAUGAAGUAUCUCAGACCCAUCAGUCAGAGCGUCAUUAGUCUGGACGCCAGUGGAACGCAGACACUGCCGCACGUGCAGGAGAAAGGGACCAAUGAGGAUUCAGAUGAUCAGCAAAAACCCCCCAACACCGACUGGCGCUUCUCCCAGAACCAGAGACCUGGAACCAGCGGGGCGGCCCCCCCCCCUGAGGCGGCCAUAGGAACGGGACCCUGGCCCAACCCCCCCACCGAGGCAGAACAGCUCCAAGCCCUGAUGGCCGCUGCCAACGAGGUGAGUGAGGCCACGGCGACGCUGGGCCCUGGCACCAUGGGUCUGAGCACACGCUACAGCCCCCAGUUCACCCUGCAGCAUGUGCCUGACUACCGGCAGAACGUCUACAUCCCGGGCAGCACCGCCACACUGACGGCCAAUCAGCAGCAGGCCGCGCAGCCCGCCCUCCCCCAGCCCCCCCCGCAGGCCGAAGCCCCCAAAGCCGCCCAGACCCCCGCCAGCAAGAAGAAGUCUGCCAAGAAGGACAAGAAGUAGGCGCUCUAGCCACACCCACAGAGGUGACCACGCCUCUCCCCCCUUACCCCAGCUGCUUUGCUUUCAUUUGCUUCUAAAUCUGACCUUUGCAAAGUGGUGAUGUAGUGAGAAUUUGUGUGUUUUUUUCAAUUCUUGCUUCAUAUUUUCCUCUAACAUGUUUUUAAACCUGUGUUAAUGUGGUGGGUAUAUAUUGCUGAAUAGAAUGCAAACUUAGAUAGUUCUGAUUCUUAAGUUUUCAGUCUGGGGACAGGGGUUGAUGAAAUAGCUGUUUUUGAAUCUGGAUGGAUUCAGUUCAAAAGAUGUAACUGAAGAGCGCUUUAAGGCAGGGCUCUGCCCUAUAACAUAGUAUUAGAAUGAAUAUUAAUCAUUUUACUUAAUGUGUCAUGUUGACUUUUUUGUUUAUUCAGAAAUGCAAAAGACACUUGUGGUCACAAGGAUAACACUUGUUCUCAGUUCAUUUUCUUAGAAAAACAGCAGCUUUGAUAAUCUUUGCAGUAGCUCUUAGAUGCAGGUAAUUUGCAUGAUCCGUCCUUAAACUAGACUUCAAACCACCGAGGUGAUACUAUGCAUCCCAGUCUGUAGAUCUGCCCACUGGUGGAUGGGAUCCCUACAAUCUCACAAGUUCAUCCCUGGCUGAAAUGCUGGGUAUGUCCUAUAGCAGUGUUUCUCAAAC